AUGACAUUCAACAGUCACUCCAAUACCAAUCGUGAUAUAAAUGCUUCUUUAGUCUACGGCAAGGCUCUGCCUUCGAACAAUGUAUGUGAACAUUGGUUUGUCAACAUCAAUGACUCGAGUAAUGGACAACGUGAAAAGAAUUUUGAAUAUGAACCUGUUCAAACCAUUAUACACGAUAUUCGUAGUCACGAAUCGGAUACGCACAUAGACAUCACCGGCUUCCAAGCUCUUUAUUCACCAAGUAAAGUCGAUGCCGAGCUCAUUCUCAAUGGAACAGAGAAACAAGUAAAAGAAAUAUAUUAUGCUGAGGUCGAACAAUUGCUUAAACAUGUCACAGGCGCCAAUCACAUUAUUUUCUUUGAUCAUACCAUACGUAAAAUGAGACCAGGUCAAUUGUCCGAUUCUCCAUCAAAGCGCCAGCCUGUAUUACGUGUGCAUGCCGAUCAAACGCCUAUUAGUGCUCAUAAACGAGUAACACGACAUGCAUCCAACGUUCUAUGGAAGCGUUUUCAAGUGAUCAAUGUAUGGCGACCAUUGAAGAACCCUGUAUACGAUUAUCCACUUGCUGUAGCCGAUUUUCGUAGUAUCCAUGUGCUCAAUGAUCUUAUUCCAACAACACUCGUCUAUCCACCUCCGCUGCCAAAUGGAGAAACCUAUUCUCUGGUUCACAAUCCUCAACAUCGAUGAGAAGAUAUUUAA